UAAAAUACUAAGAAGACGAAAAUGAAUUCUACAUCAAAUAACUCGGGAACAGAACCCGAAGAUUUGGUGCUGAAAAGCGGCAACUUUGCAAUUUGGUCGUUGAGAAUUUCAAUUUCGGCCGGAUAUUUAAUAGCUAUGACCUACAUUAUGAUAAUGAUGAUUAUUGAAAUGUACGUGAACGGAGUUGGCAUAGGCAGGAAUGAAAGUAUUGGCAAACGUAUUGGCGGAUUGAUAAAAGUAACACGAUUAACUUUGGCCAUUAUUUGCAACCUUAAAUUUCUGACUGGUUCGCUAUUGAGAGUCUUAGUCGAUGUUUAUCAUCCGGAAUACUGCCAUAUUCACUUUAGAUGGACCGUUUUCUCAAGCUGCCUUGCAGUUUUUAUCAGCUAUUUGACUGUAUGGUUGCGACAUCGAGUAAUCUAUAACAUUCCUGCGAUCAAACAUUUGACCAAUUACAUUACACGCAUCGUGAGCAUAUUGGUGAUCUUCCUAGCUGCGGCCAUCCAAAUCGGCAUUGGCUCGACCGUUAUUCCUAGUUUCCGAACCGCAGUUACUCAAUAUGGAUGCCUGGCGGUAGGAUCAAAAAUGCCGAUGCAAAUUCCGUGGCUGAUAUUCAGUGUUUCGUCAGUUGUAAUGCAACUCAUGAUGUUGGGAUUGUUCAUUUAUCCACUGCAGCGUCAUCAGAGAAAUAUCGGUGGUGACGGAGUCGAUGAUUUGACUCCGAUGCUUAAAAGGGCAUUGUACACAACUGUGGUAUGCUGUGCAAGUGAUACUGCUACUUCUAUUCUAGUUGUCAUUAUUGGAAAUUCCAUUGCAAGUAUAAGUAUGGAGACUACAUUAUUUGUUAACUUAAUGAUGAUUCUGGUUUGCUUUCCCGAGUGGAAAACAACACUCUUCCCUUGUAUUAUUAUGACAUCUGAAAUAAAUUAAAUGGCGACCAGAAGUGUGUGCACCAAUAUGGAAGUAACUAAUUUUGUUCGUCUACUUUACAUCAAGUUGUGUAAAGGGACUGAAACCUAUUGGCAGGGUGUAUAUUGAAUUGACCGUCAACACAGACAGUCCCCAAACCCGUAAUAGAACUAAAAUAAGAAAUAUCGGAAUAAAAUUAUGCAUUGACCCUAACCUGGUAAACACACUACGGGAGUACCAAUUAAAUUGAGAAGUACACACGGAGAUUAAGUAGAAAUGUUUAUCAGCUGACUGCAUUUUAAUUAUCGUUUUAUGAAUUUUAACCCUUCUAUGUAUAGUAUCUUAUAUAUAUUCAAGGGAAAGAAAGAACUUGAGUUUGUACUGACGGAACGAGGCGCUUCUACUUUGAAAUUACUGAAUUCGACGUUUAAGGAAGUAGACAACAAGGCGACAGUGUGAAUAUUAGCACAGUUUCGACUUCUUUCUACCUGUAUCAAAGUUAGACUUUUAUCAUAGGUGUCCCUCGCUGCUCAAUAACCAAAAUUGCCCUUUUCGCGUCACUUUUCACAGUUUAAUGCCAUUUUCAAUUUUUUUUCUUAUUUUUUGUUUGCAUCAAGUGUAUUGUUAUUUUGAUGAAAAAUAAACUACUGACUGUAUUAGACAACUUUCUAAAAAGUUUCUGA